AUGAGCGCAAGCGGUUCCUGGAAACAGGUAUUUAUAAUCUGUAGUAAACGUUUUUUGUAAUAGGUAUAUUUGAACUUUUGAAUUCUGAGUAUUAUCAAAAAGCUAUUACAAAGGUACACCUUUUUUCUCGGAUAACACAUUUAUGUUCAGUAAAAAUGCUGUGAUAUUGCCAUGCAAUACCUUAAAAAGUGCGAACUUCCGAAUGGUAAGUCGUUUGUUAAUUUUUUUUAUUUCUGUUGAUCUACUCAAAACUGUUUAUUAUUUGCAAUGAUUUUAUUUUGCAUUUACAAUAAGUGUAUAAACUAAAUUCCCCAACAUAAUAUCUUACCUUUCUGCCUACAAUAUUAGCCUACCCAAUAUGCCCGGCUUUUAUUAUAAUUUUUACUAUUAUUAUUAUUAUUUAAUUUUUUUUAACUAUUUUUUUAUUUUUAAAAUUUUUCACAAGUACCAAAUAAUAUCUUUACUAAUAUACCUAAUGAAUAAAAUAUAAUAAUAUACUUGAUGUCUUGCACGGCUUUAUUUGUGCACAGAAAAAAUAAAAUAAAACUAAAUUUAAAAAUGCACUUCUCUGUUUCCAAAUCGUACCUAACAUAACUAAUCGUGAUUUUUUUUUUUUUUUUAAGGAGUACUUCUUUGUUUGAGAAAACCAAAUUAAUUAAUGAUAACGGAUUUUUAUUAAAAUACCGAAAUCCCCGUGACAGCCAUUCAGUCCCUUUUCAGUGGCUAAAUUCAGAGAUAAAAAGUACCAUAUGUGUUAAUCCCGAGCAUGUGUUAUUUGUGUGGCAGAUUUAAUCGAAAUCCCUUCAGUUAUUUUUGCGUAAUUGAAUCACAAUUGCAUACAUUUUCGCAUUUAUAAUAUUAUAGGAUAUAAUUAACCAUACUUAUUUGUAAGUAUAACCAUUAAUCAGGCACUAUUAUAUUAUUAAACAUAUAUACAUCCAUGACCCACUACUAGUUGGUCUGUAAACGUACAUCCAUAUAACCACAAACCUUAUUCGUGAAAACAUUAUAAUAGAAUUGAGGUUGCACAAUAGUUGCGCACUACAUUAUCACAAUAGUUAUCAUAAUAUUAUUAUAUUGUAAAGCAAUCUAAACAAAUGACCUCAAUUCCAUAGCAUGUUGGCCCGAAAAAUUAUAAAUACCUCAAAUAGACGGCAAUGUCCUAUCCAUUUUUUUUGUUAUCUAUGCUAAUAAUGUACAUUGUUUUUUAGAGUUAUUUUCAUUUUUUUGACAGCGGCGUGGGCAGUGUCCUCUUGCACUUAUAUAAUUCGUAUAGGACCGCGGUGUCAUAAACAUUCCGUAAACGGCACUCGUCGGAUCGUCACGUGUACUCGCGUAUAUUACGUGCACGAUCGAACGAUAAAACAAUUUUAUCGUAUUUCUAGAGGCUUUAUUUUUUUUUUUAUGCAUUUUUUAAAUGCAUCAGCACGUCGCGCGUCGAUUGUUUGGUUAUAUUAUAGCGUGCACUGGUCUACACAAAUACACCGGUACGUCAUAAAACAAUGAAACGUAAAAUGUAUUCUUAAAGUACCUGAUUAUAUGUAAUAAUGAUGUACCUACGACAUUCUACCGAAAUGUCCGAUUGUUAUUCAAAUUCAAACACACCCAAAUAAAUUGUAAAUUGUUAUGUUAUAACAAUAUAUUAUUAUCUUAAAUAAAAAAAAAAAAAUUAUGUUUGGCUUAAAAUAUUUUUUUCAUCGGACAUUUUUUCCUUAAUUCAUAGUAUUCAUUUAACAUGGAAACGUGGUCCAAAAGUGAUACGAUUUUUGGCACAAAUUCUUUUGUUUUUGUUUGUUGUAGGUUUUUUUUUUUAAGUUUUGGCGCCCAUCGCACAAUUACGAGUAGUCCCGUCGGCGUCAGUGACGUAAUAAUAUUUUCAGACGGGUAUCCCUCGGUAUUGUUAUUUACCUUCCUCUGUUACGCUAUACAGUAUACAAACUGAUGUCAUUUUUCCUACAGAUACUCACGUUAUUUUGAAAUAAAUACAAUUUUAUAAUUUUGAUAAUAUAAUAUUAUUUAGAAGGGCUUAAGUAUUCUUAGCUCCCCCCCUCCUUGAUCAAGCUACAUAACUACAAAGAAAAUAGACAAAAAUACUUCGCACGUAGGUAGACUGGGUUGUUCUGGGUGAUAAAUUAGAAAGGUAAAGGGGAAAUGUAAUGUAUAUCUGUACAACGAUUAUUCAUUGCUAACAAAAAACGAUUCUGAGCGGAGUUCGAUUAAUAUGGUUGCUUUUUCAACAAUACAUAGGUAAGUUAUAUUAUGGUAAAAUAAUUGCAUAUACAUUAUAUCGUUUCUUUAAUAAUAUUUGUUUAAUAUUGUGCCUAAUUUAUCAUUUUUCCUAUUUAUUAUAAAAACUAGAAAAAGAAAAAAAAAUGACCCUCCUAAACUACCACCCCAUUCAGAUUUCCAUUUAUAAAAUGUACUACCAUUGUAAAUCAGAGUAGAAUUUCUGAGGAUUUCUUUGGAGGGGGUGUACCAUCUCCCCAGCAUUCGUCGCUGCGUAACGCACGACGCAUUAAAUAGUACAGAACGCCGAACACUCACUUAUCAAUUAUUGUCCUCUCUGAAAACAAUACUAUAAUAAUAAUUCGAUUUUUUUUUUUUUUUUUUUCAUUAUUAUUAUAUAUUUUAUUUAUUGUUAUAAUUUCAUUUAAAUCCCCCCCGUCCUCCCAAAAAAAAAAAAAAACACUUAUAGAUACACUUUGUAAAAAUCUAACGCAAGACUCCAUGGUGGCAGGGGGGGCGCGAAGGGGGUGUCGGCCCCGCCAAUGGGGUGCCGGGAAUACGUCGGUCCGCGCGCGCCGCGCCGUCCGCGACGAACGUACAUCCCUACAGCCGGCGCGGGAUACGGGCGCACCGCGGAUUUUCUCGCGAACCGUCGCGGUCGUCGUCGUCGUCGUCCACAGCUUGUCUACGUUUACCGUCGCGAAUUCGUUCGUGUCCGCCGCCGUUGUCAUCCGAUGGCAUUUUAAUUUUUCUUCCGGUCCGUCGUCGUCGCCGUUACCGUCCGUAAAUCGUCUCGACACGUAUUCACAGAAUCACACUAUAAAAGGUCAGUAAUCUAAUGAAAUUACAAUUUUAAAAGUUAAAAAUAUAAUUAUAAUAUAGGAGGUUAAAACACUAUCUAUACACCUACAAUGUUUAUACGGCAGAGGCUCUCGGCCAACACAUUAUUAUUCUGUUCUUGCAUUGAGAUUAUAAUAUUUGUAAAUAUGCCUACGCUACAGACACCAACGUGAAUAAAAAAUAUCGCGAGAAUUGUAAAAUAUUAACUUCCGUCACGAUACUGUUCCUAAGGAAGGACUUAAUUCUGUCUAAAUAUCUUUGAAGCUUAGCAGAAGUCGUUACUAGUAAAGUACGAAAUAAUAUUCUUAAAAGCUCAUGAAUAGUUUUUUCCCAAAAACAUUUUGUCACCAAAAUUUACAGUUUAUCCUAUAAAUGAUUAUAGUAUGCCGUUUAUUAUGUAUUAAAUUAAUAAGGUUUUCAGUACCUAGUUGACUUAACUCUCCGUAUCUUUAACUCGAUGGUGCUAGAAUAUUGGUCGUUAAUUGUACACGAAUAAAACUCAAUAAACUUUUGACUUGUCCCCGUCUUAGCUUUCCAUAUCCCAUGUAUAUUUUCUCAUAUCGACAUUGGGCAUAAUAAUACGGUGUGGUUUUAAUGAUUAUUGUUAUUGGCGUUAUUCGCCGUCAAAAAAAUCGUUACGCUAUUAACGUAGUGUAUUGUACAUGCAUUGUGUUAAUUUAUUUUUUUUACUAUCUUACUAUUAUUAGUACGAUAUGAUAUCAUUGUGAUAUUAUUGUUUUUUACGCGUAUGGUGAGUUUAUUAAAUAUUAUAUUUUAUACAAUAAUAGAUACUGGGUGGAUGGGGGCCAUACAUCUCCCGAACGAUCCCUCAUAAAACGUCACUGCUCUGAUAUUUGUAUCCUCCCCAUACAUUUCAAAAGCACACGUCAAUUCUGCUUACUGUAUUAUCAUUCACCGCGCUGUUAAGUUUUGCGAAUGAUCCGAUUUUACGUUAUUGAAUGUUUAGACUUAUACUUAUUAGCAUUCAGCAGUAUCUUAUUUUAUUUUUACAUUUUGAAUAUAGCGAGAAACGUAUUGGUUUUAACUAUGAUAUCAGUUUUUUUUUUUGUUUGUUUUUGAACGACUUUUCUAACAGUAAUCUUGAUCCGAUCGUCAAAACCUUAAGAGUAUUUACUGGUAGAAAAUAUUGUCUUUUUGGUGCAUUAUUGAUUUUAUUUGUAGUUUUUUCAGAAUAAAACUAGGAAAAAAGGUCGGAAUUAACAUUAACGAUUUCUGUUAAUUUUCUGUUUCUGUUCGAUUUUGGUUUUUGUUGAAUAUCAUUGAAAAAUAAUCGAAUAGUGACUUGAAGUUUUCAUUCAAACGGAAAAUACUUAUGUUGGCUCUUUAUAUAUUAUAUGGAACAGUUUUCAAAAUAUUCUAAAAAAAAAAAAAAAACUGUUUGAAAUUGUCGAAGUUUUAUAGUUUUCAAGCGAAUACAAAUUAUUUAGCUUAAGUUCAAUGCAUGUUAACAAUUGUAAUUUAUUCGCAAUAAAUCCAAACGAUUUAUCUAUUGUAAUUUAUUUUAAUAAAUUAAUUUGGUUUUUAAUUUAAAUGUAUUAAAUAAAUGUUUAACCGAAAAUCCUUCAGAACCGUUUUUGGUUUACAAUCAUUUAUAGCUGCAUACAUGAUAUAUUAUUUUAAACAAAUUACCCAAUAUAUCCUGUACAUUUUCUAGCUUCCCAUUUACAACAGUGGCCUGCACACGGUACGGUUUUUUUGCAAUUAUUUUACGACAAAAUAUUUCAGAUAAUAAUACAAUUCAAUGGCGAGUUUGUGAGUAAGCUAUGAGUUAGUUUUAUAAUAGGUACGUGGAUACUAUUUGUACGAACGACACGGGAUGAUUUUCUACAGGUAUCGUUUACGCUACCGCGGACGUGUAAAAUAAUUGCACCGUUCCGCGGUGUUUGUCGCACCGCAUUUUUUUUUUUUUUGCUCCACCCGAACAGAAUAUUACUCAUACUAUCAUUAUAAAUACGACACGUUUUUAUAAUAUUUUAUGUCCGUUAAUGAUUAUACGGUCAGACUGCGUAUCGCGUGUGUCUCGGUUUUUCAGCGCGAAAUCAACACUUCCCUUUCUCAUACACACACCAACUAACUGUUCGAGUUAUUAUUAAUUUUUUUUUUUUUUUUUUUACGGAUAUAUAUUAUGCAAUGUAUAUGAUUCAAGUCAUUUGUAUAUCAUAAUAAUUUCUGGGGGUACGAACAAUCGAGAUGGCCUUUAAAUAAACUGGCAUGCGUAAACAAUCUGUCCUACAUUUAUAUUAUUUUGUACCGCGAUUUUCGACAUUUUCAUAUCUCGGUAACACUUUCAUAGUUUGACAAUUUACACGCAUAAGUACGGUUUUAACGUCCUUUUUAAAACGUUGUUACGAUGUGUCUAAUGUCUAUAUUAUGUAAAUUUGUUCAGGUAGGUAACACUAAAUAUUUUGACCGAAUGACCUUAGGUUCCGGAAUUCGGAGUUGAGCCGCAAAUAGCACUUAACGAGACUGGCUCAAGCUACGAGUGCACAUCGAAAUAGGGCGCAAAAUUAAAUAAAAAAAAUAUUCGAUAUUGAUUACCAGGGAAAAAACUGCGACUGAUAUUAUAAUAUAACCAUGCCAGUUUACCGAACACCGUUCACAAUUGUUUUUUCAUUGAUUUAUCGUUUAUUUCAAUUAUAUAAACUAAAUUAUCUAAUACUCUAUACAUUGCUAACUCCCGAUCGAUAACAGCGGACUUACCAAUGAUUUGAAUAUUAUGUGCAACUUUUUAAUAUUAUCAUAUAUAAUUAAGUAGUCGUUUAUAUGAAAAAAAAAAAAACGUUUUAAUUAAUUUGAUUAAAAAAAACAAAUUUUUGACUACAUAUUUUUAUUGCACAGAAUUGAGAUUAAAAACUACUAACUCGUAUAUGCAAUAUAUAUAUAUAUAUACACUCUCUCCCACGAAAAUAUAUCCUUUGAAUAUCUUUGAAAAUAAAAAAAAAAAAUAAUUGAAUUAAAUUAUAAAUAUUUGUAGUCUUCAUCCUUGUGAAUAAUAUAUAUAAAAAAAAAUGUAUUAUCUUUAUUAUCUCCGGAGAUAUUCAAAGGGUGUAUCUUCGUGGGACAGUAAAUAUGUAUAUAUAUAUAUAUAUAUAUAUAUAUAUAUAACUCGUAUACAUGGAGUCUCAGAUCCGAUUUGAAUUCAAUUUUUAUAUUGUUUACAAGCCAUAAAUAGUAGUAGGCGUGAAUCCAAGUGGAGGGGGCAAAGGGGUUAACCCCUCCCCCCUUUGAACGUGUUUUAUAUUAUGUAAGUAUGCAAUGAAUAUUUAAUAGGUAUAUCUUUAUAUGUGUACAUUUAAAAUGCAAGUAUAAUUAUUACUGUUCGAGCAACGACUGUUGGAUAUCGAUGCCCGGUAUCAAAUCAGAUUUAAUAAUAGGUUUAAAGAUAUUAUCCCAUUAGAAGGAUUGAUCCCUGAUAACAAAAAUAAUUAUAAAACAGAAGACAUAUUAAAAGCGGCAUUAAUGUAUGAUGACGAUAUACCAGCAAAUUCUGACUUAGAAAUACAAGCUGAAUUAGAACUCUGGAAGACGAAAUGGGCCAACAUAGAAAAUCAAAAGCCCAAAAAUGCUAUUGAAACAUUGAUACAUUGUGAUUUGUUUAACACAAACAUUAAAAUUUUACUACAAAUUCGUACAAAAAUUACCAUAACAUCAGCAGCAGCUGAAAUAUCAUUUUCUUCUCUAUGA